GGAGGAGGUGUAUCACCAGUAUCAGCCAUGAGGUGGCACUAAACAUUCAAGUCUUUGCAUCUUUGGGAAGCCGGUGAGAAGUCAGUGAAAGGAGGGGUAUAGGAGGAGCUGAAAGCUAGAGCACUGAAAUCAUUUUACCUCUUGAGACUAUAAAUAGGCAGGUCCUUGGUAACUAAUUUAUAAUACAAGCAGCCCUGUCUUUUUGGAUGUGAAUUGUGCAUUUCUCCUGACAUGGCACCUACAACUGCAAAAAACGUAAGAAGCUUUGAUGAUGUAUGGACAAAGCAAAAGAAACUUCUGACACCCAGACGAACAUAUUCAAGGUCUGAAGAGAAACAGGAUCAGAACAAAUAACAGGACUUGGAACGUCCACAUUUCUGGAAACUGCCUUUCCAAGAUUAUGUUCUGACAAGACUGCCAGACUGAAAAGACGAUUUUCAAAGGGCAUAAUUGCCAGCAGAGAUGAAUUUAUCUGACCAACCCAACUUUCUAGACCCUAACUUCACUCCUCUUGGGAGCAACUUCACCAUCCCUACAGCAAGGACAAAUCCAUCAACAUGUGACCAAGUAGCUAUAGCAGCUGAAGUGUUUCUCAUGCUUGGCAUUGUUAGCCUUCUUGAAAACAUCCUUGUCAUCUGUGCCAUAGUUAAGAACAAGAACUUGCACUCUCCUAUGUAUUUCUUUGUAUGCAGCUUAGCGGUUGCUGACAUGCUGGUCAGUGUGUCAAAUGCCUGGGAGACUAUAACUAUAUAUUUAUUAAAUAAUAGGCAUCUUAUUAUUGAAGAUGCUUUUGUACGUCACAUAGAUAAUGUUUUUGAUUCAAUGAUAUGCAUAUCUGUGGUGGCUUCCAUGUGCAGUUUGCUAGCUAUAGCUGUUGACAGGUACAUCACCAUCUUCUAUGCCCUCCGUUAUCAUAAUAUCAUGACUGUGAGAAGAUCAGGGCUCAUCAUUGCAUGCAUAUGGACUUUCUGCACUGGCUGUGGAAUCAUCUUCAUCCUUUAUUAUGAAUCAAAGUAUGUAAUCAUGUGUCUCAUCACAAUGUUUUUCACCAUGUUGUUUCUCAUGGUUUCUCUCUACAUACACAUGUUUCUUUUGGCUCGUACUCAUGUUAAGAGGAUAGCAGCUUUGCCAGGAUAUAAUUCUGUCCAUCAAAGGACUAGCAUGAAAGGGGCUAUCACUGUGACAAUACUGCUGGGUAUCUUCAUUGUAUGCUGGGCUCCCUUUUUCCUCCAUCUCAUCCUGAUGAUCUCCUGCCCUCAGAACCUCUACUGUGUUUGCUUCAUGUCUCACUUCAACAUGUACCUCAUUCUCAUAAUGUGCAAUUCAGUUAUUGAUCCCUUGAUCUAUGCCUUUCGGAGCCAGGAAAUGUGGAAAACUUUUAAGGAGAUCAUCUGCUGUUAUAGCAUAAGCAUGGCCUGUGGACUACCCAGCAAGUAUUAGAAAACAGAUUUGGAUCUCAUACUGUAAGAACUUUUUAAGAAAUAACAGUUAGCCUAAACACAGUUACCUGAAAGCUCAUUCAGUGGUGCUUAUUUGUGAAUAAACAUGCAUAGGGUUGUCUGUUAGUUCACAAACUAAAUUAUUGAUUUUAUCUUCUUGUUCCUUAUGGGCCGCUACACUUUUAACUUGUGAUCCUUGUUGACAGUUUGUGUGGGAAACAAGCAUUUUUCUAUUUGUAAUACCAUUUUUGGAUGAUUUUCUCUUCCUUGAGCAAGCAUGAAUAUGAUACAUGUUAAUUAUUUACAGAAAUGCAAACAAUUGUUUGGUUUGGUUUUAUAAUGGUAGACAGAUAUAGUAAAUUGUCUUUGUACUUCCUGAAAUCCAGAUGAGUCUUUUAAACAACCAAUACUUAAGAAUCACAUUGUUCCCUAAAAAAAUGUCUUUGCUGAACUCUAUGCAUGAAUGUAAUUUAUAAAUAAUUUAAAAAUAUCAGGAUCUAUGUGACUCAGCCUCCAUGAGAAUGGUCAAAGAAUAUCCAUAUGUAAACUCAGUUCUUUAUGGGAAAAGAGAAGCCAAAGUAUAAGAAAAGCACAAUAGAUUACUAAAUGUAAGUAAAAUAAUUUCAUAUUUAUUUAAAAAUGUAUAAAGCCACCCAACUCUAUGAUUAUGUGUAGUAUGAAUUCUUUGAUAUUUACUGAUAUCUGUUCUAUUGUGUCCUUUUCUUUUUCUUAUCUAUGAAAAACAGCUAAGAAUAACCUGUCCUCUA